AUGGUUGCUUUCUCUGCUGACCUCGUGGGAUUAAGAAUCUUUGUUUCUUGCAUUGGACUGGUGGGUAAUGUAUUUCUCAUCCUCUCCAUCGCACAGACCAGGUUCUCGCGAGUUAAAUCCUUUGAGUUGUUUCUUUUGGGACUGGCUGUAGCCAACUUGGAGGAAAUUCUCAUCGUGAACAUCUAUGAUAUUAUCAUCCUCCAGAGUUCCUCCGCCACCACCGGCAAUUUGUUGUGUCGUUUACUCAAGUUCCUGACUGUGUUUGGUGAAAUUACCAGCAUCUUCUUCACAGUCCUCAUCAGCAUCUUCCGCUACCAGAAGCUAAAAGACGCCGACAAGAGGGUCAACCUCCCGAUCUACCUAGACAGCAUCAGGUCAGCCUGGAUGGUAAGUGGGGUUUGUGUGAUGCUCUCCUCGCUACUGAGUGUCCCCAUUUUUGCCAUAAACCUUCAAGGCCCUGUGGAAAACAUCACAAGAAACAACACCAGCUGCCCUCCAGACUUCUUUCAGUGUAGUAAAAAGAAUUGUCCCAUACUCAACCGCUUUUACAAGUACCUGUUCAUCCUGCUGUGCAACGUGCUGCCCUUGGUACUCGUCACAGUCACCGGCUGCCUCAUCAUCGCAGUGCUGCUGGGCCAGAGGAAGAAGGUGACACCAGUGGUUAGCGUGAGCGGGUCGAGUCAGUUCGGCAGGAAGAGCAAAGGUCCGGGGCUCAAGGGAAGCACAAUGGCUGUGCUGGCAGCUAUGGGGUUGUUCCAGGUGGACUGGACUCUCUACCUGAUCUUCCAGCUGACUGUUAGCCCAGCUGACUUUCCUUAUUGGGCUGAAACUGAGUUCUUUAUCUCAACUUCCUAUACAUCCAUCAGUCCAUAUGUGUACGGGAUAGGGAAUAACCUGUUCUCUCUAAGGAACUUUAAGAAGAAGUAA